CAGAGACCGCGCUCCCAGACCAGGACCAAGACCGAGCAUAAACAAAGGGGCUGACGGGAGCCUGGAGGGUUGCCGGCGAGUUGGACAAACGCUUAUCCUUUAAGUGUUCCACUUUUGGUGACAUCAGACGGUGCUGUUUGUUAAAGGGCCACGAGGAAACAAGAAUGCUGGAAGGAUGUAUCUACUGGGAAGGCUAACACAACACCUGCUUAUCCAAUCUCCAAAGCAAACCUUAUUUUCAAGAUGUCCGAAACUAGUGUUUCAGGCAGCGGCAGCAGUCCGACCAACCAGCAGCACCAGAAAUGAUGGCCUCCCCCACUGCAAUGUCGGGACCAUCGGCCAUGUGGACCACGGCAAGACCACCCUGACAGCGGCUAUCACCAAGGUCCUGGAGAAGAGUGGCCAGUCGUCGUACAUCACCUACGAUCAGAUUGACCGAGCGCCAGAGGAGAAGCAGCGUGGCAUCACUAUAAACACGGCACAUGUCUCGUACUCCACAGCCCUCAGGCACUACGCUCAUACGGACUGCCCCGGCCAUGCAGACUACGUGAAGAACAUGAUUUCCGGUGCCUCCCAGAUGGAUGGCGCGGUGCUGGUGGUGGCGGCCAAUGAUGGACAGAUGCCCCAGACGCGGGAACACCUGCUUCUGGCCCGACAGGCAGGCGUACAGAAAGUGGUGGUCUUCGUCAACAAGGCGGACCUGGUGGAUGAAGAUUUUCUGGAGCUGGUGGAGAUUGAGGUGCGAGAACUGCUGGACAACUUUGGGUUCGACUGCGAGAAUGCACCGUUUAUAUUUGGGUCAGCGCUAUUGGCCCUGAAGGGUGACCAGGGGCCCUUGGGGGAGCAGAGUAUCCAUAAACUACUGGAUGCCAUGGAUAGCUACCUCUCACCCCCCACCAGGGACCUCGAAUCUCCCUUCCUGCUACCCCUUGACAACUACUUCAGUGUCCCAGGCCGGGGGUCAGUCGCUACGGGUACACUGAAGCGAGGUGUGUUGAGGCGGGGAGCUGAGGCCGAGCUACUUGGAUUUGAUCGCCGCAUCAAGACAGUAGCCUCGGAUAUACAGGUGUUCAAGAAAAAAGUGGAGUCUGCGCAGGCCGGUGAGAAUGUCGGCGUGCUGCUGCGAGGCGUGCGGCAGGAGGUGCUGGCGCGGGGCAUGACGCUGUGUGCCCUCGGGUCUCUGAAAUUCAGCAACAGGUUUGAGAGCACCGUGUACUUCCUGACUGCCGAUGAGGGCGGGCGGCGACGUCCCGUGACCUCCAUGUACAUACAGAUGAUCUACAGUGAAACCUGGAAUGUUACUUGCCGCCUUGACCUGCCGGAGGGAGUGCCCAUGAUCAUGCCAGGCGAACACAACACAGCGGUAGUGACUCUGUUGCAGCGCAUGGUGAUGACCCCGGGCCAGUCGUUCACCAUUCGGGAGAACAAUGUUACGGUGGCCACAGGCAUGGUCACCAAGCUGUUGCCCAGUGUGGAAAUCCCUGCCAGAAGGUUGGACAGAGUUGAUUUUGAAAAGAUUCUAUCAAGGUAGUUUUCUGUAUAGUUUGUAAAUAAAGUAACUUUUAUAUGAAAGUAGAUUCAACUAUCCAACAGUGUUAGAUGUUUCCUUCGUCUCUAGUCUAUAAGUCAGUGGAGGUCUAUUACAUUAGUUACCAAAGGAUAAGGAAUACAAGUAAUUGUUCCUACAGGUUUAUUGAAUAACAUUUUUGAGAUGCGACUGAUACACGGCAUGUCCAUUUGAGUAAUAAGCAUUGGUUAUGUCUGGGGCGGCGGCCACGAGCAGCGUGGUGCGGGGGGUCCUGGGACCAGCCCCGCACCGGCCGGCCACUGGGCACACCGCCCCAACGCACACUGACUAGGUUAUUUUCCGUGGCUGCUCCCGGGAGUGUUAAACAGCAGUCACUCAAAGGUACGUGAAGACCGGACUGCUGUUCAGUUCUCAGGGGUGAACUGCCAGUCUCCAGAGAGCAGCGGCUUGAACAGUUAAUUAUUUUUUUAAGUUCAAGCUUAUUGAAUGUGCAAGGGCAUGUCAGCUGACCAUUGCAACUACAAAACAUCAUGGCUCUGGUCUAAUGCCCAUUUUGCCUUGCACUGUGUACAAUGGUCUUCUUUUUUGUUGCUUAAUGGAAAAAAAUACUCAAAUAUUUUCAAACCACUUAGAAUCCAGUGAUAAUUUUCCUCAGAGACAUGGUGUAGUAAUGGCUCACUCUGUGGCUGAAUGGUUGUUCUGCUGGCUGGAACGUGAGAACGAGACUCCGACCAUAGAGCACCAAUGAGUCUCGGCCAAUGGUAGUGUCAUGAGUGUCUUCUUUGGCUGUGCUGUUCUGGCCAGGCACAGUGGGCGGUGCCGGGGGGCGCGGGGCCGCCCCGACGUAGCCGCUGACACAAACAUUCAUUACGAGGUACGGCUGUAUCAAGCUAAGGUGGCUCUGUUCCCAUUUUGCCACUAAACUAGAUUCAAUAGCUUUUGGGGAAAAUAAGGACAAAAAUAAAUUUACCAUAAAUAGUAAAAAGCCUCAGCUUGGCACAGGAAGCAAAGUACAAUUGAUUUCCAUCUUUGUAAGUUAUUCCUGGACUGAGUGUAAGCAAUUAUUUACAUUGCAAAGCAAAUUAGGCUUCUCUAGAAAAUACUGAUGUUCCCAUUCACACUCAAUAUUUAUUUUGUGUAAUUUUCUUGACAGUUAACACUCAGUACAGUAAACAUACAAAUUCACUUUCAUACACACACAAACCUGCAUACACACCCAUACACAUACACACACACACACACAUACACUCGUGCACACAAACAUUCAGGAGAGCUGGUUUGGGAAGCAACAGUGUCUUGAGAGGAGCAAACAGCUAUGGCUUGAAGCAACCUAGUAGUAGCUUGCUUAUGUUACAUAUAUACACCAGAAAGUACACAUAUAUAAGCAGUGCAGAGUGUGGGCGGGGCCAGUGGCGGGCGCUGCUUCAAUAUCUUCCAGUCACCAUCCAGUAGCCGGUGUGGAGCGGGGGAGAAGUCGCACACGGCUACCACCAUGGUCAGUGAAGGACAUUGUAUAGGGGGGAGACCAGGGCCGGCGCCACCGGCACUACCUCUGGCCGGCACUCUGCACGUGCAGUCACACAUGCACAGUCAACACUUGACACUGAGCACAAGCGCUAGUCCUCUCUCAUUGCUACGGUCAGUAGUGGUAGUAGUAAGUUGGGGGCCUACUCUCACACUGAAGCUACCCAGAACCAUGGUGCCAGGCCAUGGAGCCAGCCACUCAUGGCAGCAGAGGUUGGUGCCUGGCAGUGGUAAAUAUUUGGCCAUGGUGCCAGAGACCACCAAAUGUCGGCUACCCUGGGUGGUGUGGCCCCAGUGGCCUGCCUUGUGCCGCCUGUCAGACAGGGGCUGCAGGGUGUUCCUCCUCCCAGCGAUGACCUCUACUUCCACUGCCUCUUCAUCAAGGCCAGAGAACAAUAGUGGUCAAUAAGCUCCGGCCUGGCCUGGAGUGAACACUUAAUAUGUAACAAGAAAAGCACAUUAUCACAUGGGCAGCUUGCAUCCCUAACUCUUACCCAGGUCUUAUGUAAGAUGACCUAGAUGCAUGUUAACCUUCAUAGUGUAACGUUUUUUAUGUUUUUUGGAAAGGGUUUGGGAGGGGAAGAAAGAACUAACUUCCAGCUGCUAUGCCAACCACAACGGCUAACUCUGAUGGGCUGUUGUGGGGGGCAGCAGGGGGGGGGGGGGGGUUAAGGAA